GCUUCACAGAGCCCAGUGUGCAAUUAAACAGACUCAGGUAACGGUUCAGAAAAUAGGAAGGGAGAUUGAAGAAAAGCUGAGAUGUACAUCUACUAGCAACGAACUGAAAAAGGAGAGUGAAUGUUUACAGUUGAAGAUCCUGGUGCUACGUAAUGAACUGGAGAGGCAGAGGAAGGCCCUUGGUCAAGAAGUAGCCUUGUUGCAUAAGGAAAAAAAUACUUUACAUGACAGAGAAAACGCGUUUGAGACUGAAUACCAGAAACUUCAAGAACAUAAUGAAUCCCUGCAGGAAUUAAGGAAGGAAUGCACUGCUAAGAGAGAACUGUUUUUGAAGACAAACGCGCAGCAGACUAUUCGAUGCAAGCAAUUGCUGUCAGAGCUAUCCUAUAUCUACCCUAUUGAUCUGAAUGAUCAAAAGGAUUACUUUGUUUGUGGAGUCAAGCUUCCUAAUUCUGAAGACUUUCAAGCAAAAGAUGAUGGAAGCAUUGCUGUUGCCCUGGGCUACACCGCUCACUUGGUCUCAAUGAUAUCCUUCUUCCUGCAAGUGCCACUCAGGUAUCCCAUAAUUCACAAGGGCUCUCGGUCUACCAUCAAAGAUAACAUCAAUGACAAGCUGACGGAGAAAGAGCGAGAAUUUCCUUUAUAUCCAAAAGGAGGGGAGAAGCUUCAGUUUGAAUAUGGAGUUUAUCUUCUCAACAAAAAUAUAGCACAGGCAAUCCGUACUGGUCAGCAAAGGCUGAUGUUAACUUACUCUGUGGAGGAGGAGAUCUUGGCUCUCCGACCUGUGCUGAUCACCACACCUGCAGCUCGAGCCCAGCCUGUGCUUCUUGCUCUGGUUGCAAACG